AUGUACGUAUGGGUAACCGGGACGAGGCGAUGGACAUUGCAUUAUGUUGCGCCGGCCCGCCUGCGUAGCUUCAACCCCGUGGCCGCUCCCGCCUGCAUCAUCCGACAGGAAGAACGGACCGUCCCUCAUGAUCUCCAGCGCCCCGGCUCGUGGGUCGUCGAGGCUCAAAACGGAGCACAAGGUCCACGAUGCAUCGCGGGCGGAAUGGCCCUUGCCGCCGGGCGUCCUCGAAAAGGGCAAAUGAGGCGUGCGGCCCGCGGGCUGAAGUUGAUGAUCACUGCCGCUAUCAAGUGCUGUGGACCGCCUCUCCCGCAACGGGCAGCAUGCAGCAUGCAAGAGCCGACCGGGGUGGCUGCUUGGGCUAUGGCGGCAUUGGCCAAUCGAGGAGAGGAUGUUGUCUCCCGCACCGCAGUUUCUCUGGACUUGGGGCGAACGCAUGUCUCAGAACGGGCGACCAGAGAGGGGACCAGAGAGGGCGGCCGGGAGAACCAAACCCAAACAAGGCGACGUCGAUGA